GCCCACCCACAGUUGUUGGUCACGUGACGAGAUUACUCGCAGUCGCAGGGACUUUCCCGUUCUACACUUCUUGUCUUUACAGUCUACGACCACUCUCUCUCUCUCUCUUCUCUAAACAGCGAUUGAUUCGAUUUGGUUCGGGUCGGGUCGGUCGGUCUCUCAGAAAAUCCCAAAGCUUGGUUAAGAGGGCUCUAAAUGGAGAUGCCAUCAAAUGAAAAUUCACAGCCCUCAAUGAAUUCUACCAGCAAUGCUGAUCAUCAACAGGAGGCCAUGCUUCCCGAUGGCGUAGAUAAUCUAUGUAAAGAGUCGAAGCUGGAGUUUUCUGAAGCAGAAGUUAGAGACGUGCUAGAAGUUAUUGCAUCCACUGGGAAAUUUUGGCAUGAUUGGGACAAUUAAAGAGCAUGCUAUCCUUUCAGUUGAAGCAGGUUCUAUUGGAGUAUCCUGAGGAAAAAAUGGCAAGUGAGCAGCAAAUUACUUCUUUAGGAGAAACCUAUCCUGAGCUGGUGAAGAGGUUGGAUGAAGCUCUUCAUAGUUUUACCGAAGGUCCUCUGUUUACCCUUCAGAGGCUUUGCGAGAUCCUUUUGGAUGCAAAAAGAAUCUAUCCAAAUCUCUCAAAGCUUGUUCUUGCAUUAGAAAAGAAUCUAUUGGUGACAUCUAUGCUGACAGUCUCAACGGAUCCAUAUCCACAAGCCACGGUGCAAAAUUCAGUUGAACCAGACAAUGCAAUUGAAGAACCUAAAAUUCACUCUGAUUCAGUGCAAAAUGGGGUGGAACCUGUGGUAGGCGGCGAUAGCGAUGAAGUUAUGGCAGAGGUAGAGCAAGCUGAUAUCGACGAUGACAUGACCAUUGCCGUGGAAGCUUUUGAAGAUAUAGUUGGAUCAUCAGACGCAAAUUCAGUGCAGACCAAUAAUUCUUAGUUUUCCAGUGAUGUAGUCAACAGCUCAUCAGUUCCUGCAUUAACCCUACCUAUUGAGGUUGAGUUUUCUAAGUGAGGAACUUGGAUCAUUUACUCUGGUCUCCGGCUUGCAGGUUAGCAGCAAUUAAUACCGGAAAGUACGGAUACUGGCUGGCCACAUAGGUCCGGGAAGAUUCUUAUUCAUAUUUAUGCUUAAAUGAUGUAGUUACAAUUUUUCGGAUGAUUUAUUUUAAGGGAUUUGUUCAGCAAGUUUAUCUUGCCCACAUCA